ACGCGAAGAAACUACAAAUGAUGAUGAAAAACUUAUUUUUAAUAAUACCUUUAACAUUUGUUCGUUCAGACUGCGAGACUGUUCAAGGAUGUAUGGAAAAUGACGUCUUCUAUCUUGAUGGAGAAGUGGUUCUUCAAUACGAUCCUUGUAAAAUCUGUAAUUGUAUUGGAAAUGAAGUGAAAUGUUCUAUGAUGACAUGUGCCAAGCCACUACCAGGAUGUGUCACUCAAAAGAACCCUGAAAAAUGUUGUCCUGAAAUUUUAUAUUGUGGAUGUAUGAUAGAUGACAAAAUGUACGAAUAUUGUGCAGACGUUCCAAGUAGUGAUCCAUGUAAAUAUUGCUACUGUGACAGGAAUGGUGAAGUAUCAUGUGAUGUCAUGACGGAAUGUCCAGAGCAACAGGAGGAAUGUGUUUACCAAAAUUCUCCUGAUCAAUGUUGCCCUGAAAAACUUUAUUGCGGCUGCACGAAUGAUGGCCAAGUUUAUCAUGCUGGUGAAGAAAUUUCUAGCAUCGAUUCAUGCAGUUAUUGCUACUGUGAAGAAAAUGGGGAAAUUCGAUGUGAGAUGAUAGAAUGUCCACAGCCACAAUAUGGAUGUGUUUACUAUAAUAAUCCCAAUCAAUGUUGCCCUGAAAUAUCUUAUUGUGGCUGUAUGGUUGAUGGCAAAUUUUAUCUUGUUGGUGAAGAAGUUCCUGGCCCUGAUGCGUGUACUUUUUGCUUCUGUAAAGCUCCUGAAGUGAUUCCUUGCAAAUCUAAAAAAUGCUGA